CGAAAAGCAUCAAAAUGGCGGCUUCCUUGACGAAAUUUAUUAUUUCUUAGAAAAUACUCAAAAUAUUAGUAAUUUUAACAAAAAAUUCGCAAUAUUGUUUUUGUAAAAUGACGCACUGGGAUAAGUAACAUAUUUCUAGCUUGAAACAAAAAGACCCAUGAAGGAAAUCAUGGAAAAAUCAGCUCCAGAAUACUUGACAGCUGACGAAUUGAGGAAUCGGUUGUUUCACAGUUUGAGGAACCGUGGAAUGGUCAAUUCCAUCAAGUCACAGUUGAGAAAUAGUUUAGUGACCGAGUUACAACAGUCGUUAAAAGGUCGUUUGAGUUUACGUGAUUUAAAAAUACCAGACGAAGAUUCUCUCCUACAUCGAGCUGCUAACAGUGUUGUUGUUGAUCAUCUCAGGAGUUAUGGUUAUGAUUAUACAGCCAGUGUAUUUUUACCAGAAAGUGGUCUGGCCCAUGAUAAGGUUUUUAAAAGAGAUGAUUUUCUUCAACUUCUACACAUUAGUCCACAAUCCAAGUUACAUCAACAGCUGGUGAGGUGUGAUGAAAAAGAAGGCAAAGGGUUUUUAUGGAGUUUUUUAACAGAGAUGUCAGCAAUUCAUGCCAAUUCUACACAAGAAUUUGGUGUACAAACAGAUCUGAUCAAAGUUGGUCCAAUAUCUAGCUUAGAUGAGAAGCUACAUGUUUUAGAUGAACUGUAUUCAAGUAAAAGAGAUGAUGUAUUUAAAUCUAGUGCCAUGUUGACAGAAGAAAGAAUUUUAAAUUUUCAAAAACAAGUAGAAGAAAGAUAUCAAGCUCAGUUAAAACAGGAGAUUCGACGUUUCCGUGAGAAUGAGUUAUCAAGGUUAAAAUUGGAAGAAAGAGAAAACAGUAGAAGAGAAAUGGACCAGUUGCGAAGAGAUUUAGAGAGAGAUUAUCAGACUAAGUAUGACACCCUAUCAGUACGAGAGAGAAAUACAACAGAAAGAUUACACAGAGAACAGGAGAUACGAGAUAAAGAGAUGCAUUCCACACGUCAGACAUUACAAGAAGAAAUCAACUGUAUACAUCAACGAGAGGCUGAUAUUAAACGGGAAGCAGAAAUUAACAACAGAGAGAAGAAAUUGAAUGAAGACCGAAUAAAAGCUAGAGAAAGUGAAUUAAGAUUUCGAGAAGCUGAGGUGAAAAGAAAAGAAAUAGAAUUUGAUCAAAGACUGGAGAAUGAAAUGGCUAAGUUUAAACUAGAUCAACAAGCCAAAUUUAUCAACAGAACUCAAAAUGUGGAGGUCAGAGAGGCAAAGGUUAAAGAAAUAGAGAGAGUUAUAUCAGAAGAGAAAGAUAAACUACAGAGUUAUAAAGAUGAUAUACGUGAUAAAACAAAUAGAAUCAAUGAAUUAGAGACAUUUCUACAAGAGGCACGACAUAAAGAAAUGUCAGCCAAUCGUAAUAAUGAAUUUUUAAAUUCUAAACUUAGAGAUAUGUGUGAUUAUUCAACAUUAAAGGAACAAGUAGUGACACAGAGACAUGAAUUAGAAACUUUACGAACACGAUUAUCAGAGGUAUUAAACAUGAAUGAAAGAGAAAGAGGACGACAAGAAGAGUUAUUACGUGAAAUGAGACGACCAACACCAGAGACAUUGAUGAUGCAACGUGACAUGGAACGUGCUCGAGAAAAUCUUCGUCAAGAACAGGUCGUGUUUGAACAACAGAAACAACUUCUAGAAAAACGACUUAAAGAUGAGAUUGAUCGUAAUCGAGAUUUUGUUACACGUUAUGAAGAACAGACGUUACAGAUGAAAGAAAUGAAUCGUGAAGUUGUAGAUCUACGUCAACAUCUAUCAGUUACUAAUAUAGCUCUGAAUAAUGAAGUUUAUCGUAGACCACAUUCUGAAGCAGAUGGAAGGACGUCUCUACACAAUUCUCAAAGAUCAGAGAGACGUGUUGAUUUUCAAACAGAGGCUGCCGACCCAGUUCUACGUACCUCUGGUCAUCAAGCUAGUCUUCGUAAUUCCAGUACACGACCUCGUUACGAGACUCGUGAUGUUUAUAAUGAUGUAGAUUUCGAUCUGGAUUUAGGAGCGCUACCCACUGGUCAAUACGAUCCACUUGAAGAAGAUUUGUCAUCGGCUACAUCUAAUUCAGCAGACGUUGUAGCUGAUGCUAAAUAUAGACUUAAAACACUAGAGAGGGAGGCUAAGAAUUUAGAGAAAGCAUACCAGAAUUUCCACUAUAACAUUACAAAUCCCAGUUCCGUCCCUGAUCCAACUUUUUCAACCAAUCAGAGAGAAGCUGAACCAUCUCGGUCUCGUUCAACAGUCAGCCACGCAAGUCAUGUGAUAUCUCCUGCCCAAUCACCAAUACCUCAUUCCCGUCCUAUGUCUUCAACGCCUCAUUAUCAUCAUACAAAAACACAACAACAACAAUACAGUGAUGAUAGUUUUGAAGAAUUAAGUCGAGGGAGUAAAGAAAAAGUCAAGACUCCUGAUCCGUUAUUAAAGUUUAAUCUUUCCGCUAUGUCGGAAGAUGAUCAUAAACGUAAUGUUGUGGAAAAACGAGAUAAAUCGCGCCCAAUAACUAUAGAUGAUUUAGAAGCUCGUCCAGGUUCACCAAGUUUAGUUGUAGUGGCCGGCUCCGAAUCUCCCAGUGAACACAGUCGUGAUAAAGAUGUCACAGAUCGUCUUCAGAAAGAAACACCUGCUUUCUUACCUCCCAUCUCAUUGGAUGAUGCGUGGAAAACAACCAAUCAAAAAACAGAUGGAGAUCAGGAAUUAGAGAGACAGAGAGAAGAAUUAGAGAAAGAAAGAUGGGAGGAAGAAAGAAGAGAAAGAGAAGAAGAGAGAAAGAAGGUGGAAAGGGAGGAAUAUGAGAGAGAACAAAGGGAGUUAGCAAAGCUAGAAGGAAGGGCUACGAGUGAUGAUGAGAAAGAGGAGAAUACUGGGAUAGAAGAAAAGAAACAAGAAGAAAUAGAUCCUGUCAUGCAACAAUACAUGGCCAUGGUACAACAAAACAGACAGAAAGACACAGACACACAAAAGGAAGUCAAAUCACCAGCUAAAGUGACAAAAAGUGGACAGGAUAAAUCUCCCAUUCCAACAGAUGAAGAAAUUUCUAUAGCAGAAGAUUUAAAAAGUGAUAAUAAUUCUGAUGAUGGUUUUAGUUGGUGAGAAGAAAACGACUAGUUUUAAAAUAAUACUCUGUCCAUCCGUCCAUGUUUCCUCUUCUCCAAUUAUUGGAUGGUAAAAUGUCCAUAAAUUAAUUAUUGAGAAAUAGAUUUAUAUGUCAACUGAUUAUAUUUACCAUUGAUUAUUAAUGGAAUAGCAAGAAAUUAAAAUGUCCAUCUUUUAUGUAUUAAAGAAAUAGUAAGAAUUUAAAAUGUCCAUUGUUUGUUUUGUUAAAUGUACAACAAGUUUUUAUAGAAUAAAAUAUGUUAUAUUAAUAUAAAGUAAAUUGAUACAUGAAUAGCUUUUAAAUUAAUUUGAAGAGUUAUGGCAAUAAGUACAUUGGGGUUUGACUUCUGAUUCCCUUUUAAAUAAUAUUGCAGACAAAUUAUCAUGUAGCUGUUAGCUAAUAUCGGCCAUUUUCAGACAUUGGCGUAAACUCUAAUCUGAUUAAAACACAGAUCCUGUUUGAUUUCGUUUUUAAUAGUUUGAAAUUUGAUUUGUCUUGAAACUAGUGGACUGUAGUAAAGGUCUAGUCUCUGGUUCCCAGACAUGUCUUGUACAUAUACAUAUAUUGCCUGGGUACUCAAGACUAGUUGUGUCCAUUCGGAGUAUAAACAGGUCAAAUUUAUUAGGAGAUUGACAUAAAUUCAUUGAUAAUUACUGUAUAUUGACAAUGGAUGCCAUAUAUUUUCUAUGUGUGUAUAUAAUGUAGAUAUAAUUAUAUUAGAAAUACAUGUAGUAUUUUAUGUAUAAAUAUGUAAAAACUAUAAUCUAUAUUCUAACAACUCAUGUGAUAUUUAUAAUUUAAGAAGAAAAAAUAAAUUUCUUUUUUAUUAACAUAGUUUUUAUUCCAAGAUACUAUAGGCCUUACACUUCUAUAGGUUCCAUCCAUGAACUGGUAUAAAUGUUUUAUGAUAUCAUCUUCUUCAGACCACUUUAGCCAGCAGCGCUUGUGAAAGAGUCAGGAUUUUUCAGAUCUAGGUUAUGAUAACUUGAUGAACUUUAACCCCU